AUGACGAACACAUUUUUCUAUGAUGAUGAAAUGCUGCUUCUAAAACAAGAUAAUGAUGUCAAUGAAGGAAUGUUGCUUCAACAACAAGAUAAUGUUCAGCCUAUAAGUGUGGAUACCACUCAUUUAUGGUCGACCGAUCAGAUAUUUGAAACGGUUGAUGACCUUAAACAAUGGGCUAAGAAUGUUGGGAAGGACAAUGGAUAUGCGAUUGUGACUGGAAGGUCUGAUUAUUCCAGAAAAGGUGGAAAUAUGUAUAUUAUUCUGCGGUGCUCGAAGCAUGGUGUGUAUAUCCCGUACAAGGACCCUAAGUCCUUCAAGUACAACUCCACCGGAUCACAAAAAUGUAAUUGUCCUUUUAAACUUAAAGGACAACCUACGGAGGGUGAUAGAAAUUGGUGGCUGAAAGUGUUGGAAGGGGUACACAACCAUGAACCAGCUAGAUCUUUGGUUGGCCAUUCCUAUGCUGGUCGACUGACAGAAGAAGAGAAGGAAAAUAAUCCGGGUAACUUGUCUACCAUCACUCAAGUGUAUAAUCGCAUCAAAAAAGUUAAAGAACUAGACCGCGGGCCACUUACAGAGAUGCAAUAUUUGCUGAAGAAGUUGGCAGAAGCCAACUAUGUUCACUUUGAAAGACAUGAAGAAGAUUCGGGUGUCAUUAUGGAACUUUUCUGGGCUCAUCCUAAUGCUAUUAAACUCUUCAACACAUUCCCUCACGUGGUAAUCAUGGAUUGCACAUACAAGACAAACAAAUUUCAAAUUCCAUUGCUUGAAAUGGUUGGCCUCACUUCUACUAGUCUGACUUACUCCAUUGCAUUUUGCUAA